AUGGUCAAGACUACACUUAUUGCAAGAGUAGCAGACGGCCUUCCGUUGGCUGCUAGUAUGGAUGAUGAACAGGUUGAGACGGAAUUAGCUGAUUAUAAACAACAAGCAAAGACCAUAUUCAAAAGGCUCAAUACCAACUCUGAACCGAGAUGUUCUAUCGAAUCAGGCAAAUACGUGUUUCAUUAUAUUAUUGAAUCAAGUGUUUGUUACCUCUGUAUUUGUGAUCAAUCUUAUCCUCGUAAACUCGCCUUCAGUUAUUUAGAAGAACUUGCCAAAGAAUUCAACAUGAGUUAUGGAAAUGAAGUAGAAAAGCCAGGCCUUAGGCCCUAUGCAUUUGUUAAAUUUGACACUUUUAUGCAAAAGACAAAGAGAAUCUAUCAAGACACAAGGACUCAGAGCAAUUUGGCCAAACUGAACGAAGACUUGCAGGAUGUGACACGUAUUAUGACAAAGAAUAUGGAGGAUUUAUUGUGGCGUGGAGAUAGUUUGGAUCGUAUGAGCACAAUAUCAGGUGAACUCAAGGAUAGUGCCAAGAUGUUUAAGGACAAGGCGCGUCAUUUGAACUUACAGGCACUUUACCGAAAGUAUGGCCCACCUGUAGCUAUUGCCACGUUUAUUUUAUUUGUUCUUCUUAUUCGCUAUUAUUGGUUUUAA